UGUUUUUUCUAUGAUAUCUACAAUGUCUACUUCUAUGAUAUCUGCAAUGUCUACUUCUAUGAUAUCUGCAAUGUCUACUUCUAUGAUAUCUGCAAUGUCUACUUCUUUGAUGUCUGCAAUGUCUACUUCUAUGAUGUCUGCAAUUUCUACUUCUAUGAUGUCUGCAAUUUCUACUUCUAUGAUGUCUGCAAUUUCUACUUCUAUGAUGUCUGCAAUUUCUACUUCUAUGGUGUCUGCAAUUUGUACUUCUACAGUGGGUCUCAUCAAAGUGCAACUACCACUACCCCCCAUAGGGGGGCUCGAAGUUUUGGAUUUGGAUGA